AUGCAUUCGGAUAGCAGUGCUAUCCUUGGUGUGUGUCUGGUGGAUUUUCACCACAAACGUGGGCCUGAAGUGGAGUACUGGGAAGGGCUGGAUGACACAGGAAUAGACUCUCAGCACCUAUGGCCGAAUUUGCCCUUCCAGGCACUACCUGAUGGGUCCCACUCUUUCAAGGAGACAUUUACCUAUUUUACUUUGCUCUACGACAGCGUAAACAAGUGUUCGCCUCCUUCAAACUCUAGUAACGAGCUAGGGGAAAACUCUGAGAACUACACCACGGUUUUUGCAAUCUCUUGCUCCAGACAGAUAAAAUCAGAUGAGCUGAUAGCGAAGGAUGAGGACGUCACAAGAUCAACUGUACAAAAAGCAGUAGUAGUGAUUUCUUUUGAACCGAUAUUUGGGCAGAUUAAAGAUAAACUAAGCAUUGUAACGAACGCUUUCUUUAGGCAAAAAGAUUUCUCGGACAGAGCUAUUAUCUCAUCUCUUUACGACAGCCUUAAGGCCACAUAUAUGCCCUCUGAUGUGCCGUCACCUGCAAACUUUAGCCAGAGAGAAAAUCAACUUUAUGUUGGGCUAUGUUUGCGCAAAAUACUACAUGACUUCAAUAGGAAUGCUCUGGUGUUACUGAAGGCGUUGCUUUUAGAGAAGAAAAUUGUUUUCUAUGGGAGCAACGUCGAGGCACUAUGUAACCUACAAUUUGGACUGAUAAGUCUGAUACCGAAUUUACUCUCCAGUUUGCAAACUUCCGCAUCUCCUGUGCUCUCUAACUCAUAUGAAAACGUUACCGUGGCAGACUCAUUCAAAUCAAGCGAUAGAUUGUCUGUCUUAAAAUUUUUGGGUUUUCCUUUACAUAUAUUUGAAAAAGGUGGGCUAUUCUCUCCUUAUACUCCGCUGCAACAAGUUAGCGAGAUUCGUUCUCCAGCCACCAAGUUUUUUAUGGUAGGUACGUCAAAUAAGUUACUUGCAGAACAGAAAACGGACAUUUGUGAUAUAUUCGUUAACAUAGAUGAUGCCACUGUGGAGUUCUUGAACAAAGAGUUGGGAUCCGCACUGCAAUUGUCAGGUCAAGAUAUUAAGUGGAUGGACACAAUAUGUAAUGUAGUUAAAACUACAUGGAACGAAAAUGAUGACGAAACUCCAAAAAACUCUCAGUUUGAAGGCAGUGAGGAUUUCAUUAGAUGGCAAUUUGAAGAUUAUUUAGUAGGACUACUAUCUAGCGUCAAACUUUAUGAUUACAUAGAAGAUCAUAAGGGAAAUCAGACCGCCAUGAAGUCUCUACCAGAUGAGUUUGUGAACAAUGCUCCAAUAAAUUCCUUCAAUAUUAACUGGGUUAAAAAAUGGAAAGAAACCCAGAACUUCAAUCUGUUUAAUAAAGUAACAGAUGAUAGACUCUUUGACCUGUUUACACCAAAGCAUAUAUGCAAUGAAAAGGAUCCAUUUGCGGAAUUUCAAAAGAAGAUAGCAGCAACUUUCCAGAAUUUGAAAAAGAACACUACUCCGUCAAAUAAUAUUAGCAAUAAUUCAAGUCAAGCCAAGCUUGCCGAUUCAAGUAGUAAUAAAUCCUCAAACAGUUUAGCAGAUACUAAGGAUAAUUCUUCUAGGUCUGGAUCAAAUGGAAAAGAGCCUCAAAAGAUAUGGUCUACGUGGAAAGAGUAUUUCCAGAAUAUAAGUAAGAAAAAUAAAGAUAAAGGCAAUGAUAUUGUCAAGCCUACACAAGACCUGAAAAAUAGUGGUUCAACCGAUAAAGCUAUUGGCACAGCCCUUUUCAGUCUUGGUCUGAAGCCCACAACUCUUUUGUCAAACCCUGAUAAUGUAGAAGAAGUUGCAGACCAUGAAGAUACUGAUAAAGAGAACGAAGGAGCAACAAAAGAGGAAAAGCGUUAUUUCACCGGGAAAGAUGCGCAAUGA